AUGUCUUCUGCCGAGAAGAACUAUGAGAUCCAUGAUAAGGAGCUCCUAGCUGUGGUCGCCUGCCUCACUCAGUGGCGACACAUGCUAGCUGGACUACCGAACCAACUGGUCAUCCUCACUGACCAUGAAGCCCUCAAGUACUUCAAGUCACAGAGACGCAUCACAGGUCGACAGGCUCGAUGGGCCAUACUACUAGCAGACUUCGACUUCAUAUUGCAGUAUCGACCAGGCGACAAAGGUGGUGAACCCGAUGCUCUCACCAGAAGGACAGACAUGCAACCAGCUGGUGAAGAGCAGGAUCACAAUGUGAGGCAACUACUGCCUCCUCGAGUGUUCAAGGAGACAGCAGACCAUGACUCGCUCCUAGUGGCCCCCAUGAUCUCGAUGGAGUCCAUAGCAUCAAAAGGUCUCAAAGACCUGGUCAAGAUCUUCCAGCCUUUAGACCAAGAGCUACAGGAGAUACAUAGGAAGAAGCCUUUCGAACUCAAGGAUGACCUAUGGUACAGUGGAGGAAGGUUGGUUAUCCCCAAGGUGAUCAUGCCAGGGAGGACCAACAACCGACACUCAAGGAGUGCCAAAGAGGUAGAUGGACAGUCUCUCUCUGUAGAGCAUCUGCGAUUCAUGGUGAUGACCCAAUGUCAUGAUGGUAUCACUGCUGGACACGUAGGAAGAGAUGCUACCAUCAAGGCAGCUCAACGACAUUACUGGUGGCCAAACAUGACAGCUUGGAUUGCAGACUAUGUAGCAAGUUGUCCUGUAUGUGCUAGGUACAAAGCUCCUCGUCAUCGUCCAUAUGGUUUGCUACAGCCACUAGCAACCCCAGACAGGCCCUGGGGCUCCAUAUCCCUCGACUUCAUUGAAGGACUACCACCAUCAAAGAAGUAUGACUCCAAGACCUAUGACUCUAUACUAGUCAUCGUCGACAGGUUAACCAAGUUUGCCAUACUAGCUCCAACCCAUAAGACAGUCACAGCCAAACAGACUGCAGUAUUGCUAUAUGGACACAUGGUUAGACUCUUCGGAUAUCCAGAUCACAUGGUCUCGGACCGAGGCAGGCAGUUCAUAUCAGGAGCAUGGAAGGCAUUUGCAGAGCAAAUGGGUGUGAAGCACUCACUUAGCACGGCUUACCAUCCUCAAACUGAUGGUCAGACAGAGAGAGUCAAUCAGGUCAUAGAGCAAUAUCUCAGGAUGUACUGCAACUAUGAGCAGAAUGACUGGGCCAACCUGCUGGACACUGCGGCCUUUGUAUACAACAACACGGUCCACAACAGCAUUGGUGUCUCACCAUUCUUUGCAUGCUAUGGAUGGAACCCCAAAGCUCAUCCUGACAUCCCUCAACGACUAGGAGUCAAUGAUCCAGGUCGCUUCGAGUACCUCAUGGAUGGAAAGGAGCGUUGCAAGUACCUCCAGGAGCAGAUCAGAGAGGCACAACGUAGAUCAGUAAACCAGUAUAACAGGAAGCACAAGGACAUCGAGUUUAAGGUGGGUGAUAUGGUCUAUAUCAACCGACGAAACUGGAAGACAAGGAGACCCACACCCAAGUUAGACACCCGGUUUGCAGGACCCUACCCAGUUCAGGAACGGGUAGGACGCCGAGCUUAUCGAAUCACAUUGCCAGCAAACCUUAGGGUGCAUGAUGUGUUCCAUGUCUCCAUGCUCGAGCCAGCAAGAACAAGUUCUCUUCCUCAACGUGCUGAACAGCCCAUCAUUCCAUCACUUCCAGAUGAGGACCUCGACUUCGAAGUCGAAGCACUCAUCGACAAGCGUUCACACAAUGGGACUACGGAGUACAAGGUGUUGUGGAGAGGGUACUCAGAGGAAGCUGCUUCAUGGGAACCAGUAGAGAACCUCAACUGUCCCGACCUCAUCCAGGAGUAUGAGGUGUCGGAGGGGGGACGAGUGAGUAGACAGAGUGGAGAGAGGAGGAGAGAACAGGAGGAGUAG